GAAAUGGAGCGGAACCGGAAGUACAUCGGCGACCAGAAGGACGUAGCUGUGCUGGGCGGUGGCAAGCUAUCUCAGGAACGAUGCUGUCACUUUUCUGUAAUGUGCUUAGGACUGGUGCUCAAAAAAAUGGCGCUGCAGUGGUUGUGUCAGCAAGGACCUACGCCGACUUCACAACUCAAGCUACUUUUGAAAUAAAGAAAUGCGACCUCCACAAACUGGACGUGGGCCCGGCCACUGAGGUAGUGAUGACUCGCGAUGAGGGUCUGCAGUACUAUCGCACCUUGCAGACGAUUAGGCGAAUGGAGCUGAAGGCCGAUCAGCUGUACAAGCAGAAGAUCAUCAGAGGCUUCUGUCACUUGUAUGACGGCCAGGAAGCCUGUGCUGUUGGUAUCGAGGCAGCAAUCAACUUGUCCGACCACCUGAUCACGGCCUACCGCGCUCACGGCUACACUUUAACCAGGGGAGGCACUGUAAAGGAAAUUAUGGCUGAGCUCACUGGGCGAAGAGGUGGCAUUGCAAAGGGAAAGGGAGGGUCCAUGCAUAUGUACUGUAAACAUUUCUAUGGAGGAAAUGGAAUUGUUGGAGCACAGGUUCCACUCGGUGCUGGCGUGGCUCUGGCCUGCAACUAUCUUGGCAACAAACAGUUAUGUGUCUGUCUCUAUGGUGAUGGUGCUGCCAACCAGGGUCAAAUCUUUGAGACGUACAACAUGGCCGCACUUUGGAAGUUGCCCGUCAUCUUCAUCUGCGAGAACAACAGGUAUGGCAUGGGCACGUCGGUGGAGCGAGCAGCAGCCAGCACGGACUACUACAAGAGAGGAGACUACAUCCCUGGUCUCAGGGUGGAUGGGAUGGAUGUCCUCUGUGUUCGGGAAGCAACUCGGUUUGCAGCCGAUAUGUGUCGAGCAGGGAAAGGUCCUGUUCUGAUGGAACUUCAGACGUAUCGCUAUCACGGUCACAGUAUGAGUGAUCCUGGUGUCAGCUACCGCACGCGUGAGGAGAUCCAGGAAGUGCGCAGUAAGAGCGACCCCAUCUCCUUGCUGAAGGACCGAAUGCUCAGCAACAACAUGGCCAGUGUGGAAGAGCUGAAGGAAAUUGACGUCGAGGUGAGGAAGGAAAUCGAAGACGCUGCUCAGUUUGCCACCACGGAUCCUGAACCGCCACUGGAAGAACUGUGCAACCACAUCUUUCACAACGAUCCACCGCUUGAGGUGCGCGGCACCAACCCAUGGACCAAGCUGAAGUCUAUCAGUUAAAGAAUCUUUUUUUUCUCCCCCACUCCACUCCAACAUAUAACAACUGCCACAAAGCAAGCUCUCUCUCAUAUGUUAGCUUAAAGUCACACCUUAGACCCACAACCUGAAGUCUCAGCAACUUGUUUUAUGUAAUUUUUUUUGUUUUUGUUUUUGUUUUUACAGCUGUGGCUCUUAAAAUAAACGUACAAGAUAUGGCUACAUCAGGGGUGUCCAAACUGAAUUUGAGGGUGGCAUAUAGAAUAAUUAAAGGAUGCAUUUUCUUCUGGGAGGGAUCCCCCCAAACAUACAUAACAUCUUUCUGUUAAAGGUGUUAAGGCAUUAGCGACCGAAUGCCAUCUCCGCAUUUAGAACCAAAACAAGAGCACUGUGUCGUACGUUGACCUGUUUUAAAACAAUUUCUUGAGGAUCAUUCAUGUUCAUAAAUCAGGCCUUGACACCGAGCAGAAAGUGGAAAAAACUCUUUUUACUUCUCAAAUUAAAUUAUUUUUCCACCAUAUUUUGUAGCUAUAAGUAAUUAAUUUGUGUCUUUGCAAAUCUAGAAAAGCUCAAUAAUAUAGAAACCAAUUUAUUCGUAAAUAAUGGCACCUAUUUUUUUCAAAGCCCCCCUACCUCCCAUUCUCACUCUGCUUGCUUCUUUUUUUUAACCUUGCGAGCCGUGUCAAAUGUCAUUUUUCGUAUGUGCUUUGCGUAGCUGAAAAUAAGAUAGAGGCCCACAAAUGGCCCCCCAGGCUGUAGUUUGGACACCUCUGGGCUACAUCCAUUCACUAUUUAUUCGACACAUGUUGAAAACUGUCAGUAGGAGCUAACUCAGCUGCUUUUCAGAAGGCUAUUUGGUUCGUGGUGACAAGUUACUGCAAUAAAAAAAAAAUAGACUGGUAUUCCCUUUCCUGUCAGUUCAGCAUUUGGAAGACGUACAGUAGAUAAUGACAGAUGUGGCUUUCUUGAUUACCCGUAAGGUGUGUUCUUUCAAAAGUGAUGUUCUGCAAGUGUCACACUCCAUUGCAGGAAGCUACACUGCAAGCCCACUUAUGUAACACUUAAAAUGAACAAAGUACACAACAUGUGAAGGCUUUUCUCCUUGAUGUGAGAAGUAGCCUAUUUUGCCAACAAAAAAAAAAAAAACAUUGACAGUGUCCAAUCCUGUUUUGAUGCAGCUUCGAUUCUCGCCCUGCCAAUGAUAGCUGUUACGUUGAAAGAAGGAUGAUGAUUGAAGGGAGCGAUUUGAGCGCAUCAUGUAAUAAACGAUCUGAACUCCUG